CCAAAACCCGCCGGGUCACAGACCCGGCCUAAAGCAUAGAACAAUGUCGGUCACCGCCAUAUCCGUGCAGGUGGCCCGCCAGACCGGCCCAUUUUCUUCUUUUGGAUUUUACGAUAGUAACCCGGCGUUUUGUUCUCCACACUGUGUCUUUCCGGAUACCAAUCUCGAUCUUGCCUCUUUUGCUCCCGACCCGUCACUGUCACUCUACGACACCGACCCGUCCGCCUUUGUACCUCUAGCCCCCGAUCUCGCUAGCUUCGGUGAUCUGGACUAUGCAAGUCUGCCAACGGGGACUUCCAGUUCGCCGUAUGCGCCCGAUUCGUAUGACUUGACUGCGAUUUCGACUCCUGCCGUUGAUGUGAACGAUUCUGCGCCGUUUUUGGAUAUUGAUUCCUCGGGCACAGAUUCAGACACAAAUAUCAACCGAGGCCAAGUUCAACCGCUGACUCCACCACUGCUGAUGCCCGCCUCGAGACCACCGCCCGUGUCCAUUACUGCAGCAUCGACCUCCAAGAACCACCCGCCCAAGGAGACCACGAACAAGGUCUCGAAGCGUCAGCUGAAUACCCUUGCUGCGCGGAGAUAUCGCCAACGACGGGUGGACCGGAUGAACGAGCUGGAGGCGGAACUGGAGAAGGUGAAGCGGGAGCGGGAUGAGUUGAAAAUGCGGGUGUCGAAGCUGGAGGGGGAGACGGAGGCGUUGAGGGGAUUGUUGAGGAAAGACAAGUAAUGUUAGUUUAUGACUGGUCAUAUUCAAUGCAAAUACUUGUAAUGUGCCCACUUGUUGAUCUGGUCUCUUGAUGUAUUGCCAAGAUAUGCUUGUCCGUGUCAAUGCGCCAUAUGGCGUUAUCC